GUUGCCGCUGGCGCAGCGUUUGGUUUAAGCUUAUCUCAGAUUCCAGAACGUAGCCAUUAGUGCAGUUUCAUCCAGCCCGCUUCAGGUUACAGCACGCGGACAGGCAGUUCAUACUAGCGCAGGGGGACACAGACAGAGCAAGUGAGCACACAAUAUGGGGGAGUGAUGGCGGCGACAGACUGCUACAUUGUGCAUGAGAUCUACAAUGGGGAGAAUGCGCAGGACCAGUUUGAGUAUGAGCUGGAGCAGGCACUGGAGGCCCAGUAUAAAUACAUUGUUAUUGAGCCCACACGCAUCGGAGAUGAGACAGCCCGUUGGAUUACAGUGGGCAACUGCCUGCACAAGACGGCCGUGUUGUCAGGCACUGCUUGCCUCUUGACGCCACUUUCACUACCUGCUGAAUACUCGCGCUAUGUGGCGUUGCCCGCUGGCGCCCUCAGUGUGGCCUGUGCUGCCCUCUACGGGAUUUCAUGGCAGUUUGACCCCUGCUGCAAGUACCAGGUGGAAUAUGACAGCCAAAAACUCUCGCGGCUGCCCCUGCAUACACUCACCUCCUCAACGCCCGUGGUAUUGGUACGCAGGGAUGACAUCCACAGAAAGAGACUCCAUAAUACGAUAGCACUGGCUGCCCUGGCGUAUUGCGCCAAGAAGAUCUACGAACUCUAUGCUGUAUGAGUGCACUCUGAAGAUGGUAUAAGAACCAACAGAAAAAGGAAAAAAACAAACAAAAAAAACAGAACCUAUCCACCCCAGAUGUAAGAAAAGUGGAAGUCACGAUCAGGCCCAGCAGUUAGCUCCACACAUGUGGUGGGUGCUUCCAUUUUGAACUUUGAUCAGAGGGAUAUAGUAAAAACUAGAAGGAAUUGUUUAUCCCUUACAUUUCCUUUACUUCUAUGUGACAACAACAGCACAUUUAUCUCUGUAGUACCCUUGCGCCUCUUCCCUGUGCCCUCCACCUGCAUCCUUGACACACAACAAGCUAGCGCACAAGGGUAUGGCAGCAGUUCCUCUGGACUGAAUCGUAUUGCAGUUGAAACGAACAGACAUGUUUUGAGUACCAAGCUCUUUCCCCUUUCCCUCGUAGUUUUACUGUACCCCUUUCUUGCUGAUCAGUACAUCACCCGUUCAUUAAACAUUAGGAUAUUUCAAACUCACUUUUCUGUAUUUUAUUUUACUUUUUUCAUUAAAUGGAUUCUACAUGAUGUCCAGAAAGGAGCAAAUAGCUGCAACUUUUUUGAGAUUGUGUCUUGUUCAUGUAGAUUUUCUUGUUUGAAAGAGUGCAAGUAAGAUCUUGUGUGAUAAUGAUGUGGCUCAGUGUCAUCGCUUGAGAAAAAAUACUAACUUUUGAAAAGUCACAUUUCACAUACGCUUCUAAUAAUGUAUAUUAGAUUAACAACAAGCCAAACUCUCUUAAUAGAAGAUUAAAAAUAGAAACUAGUUGAACAAGAAUUUUACAGCUGAUUUCUAAAUUCACACUUUCUUGGUUCUGUUUAUUCAAUGGUGCUUGUCAUGUGUUGCUGUCUAUAUCAGCAGUUUUAAAAUUUUGGUUCCCAGGAAGAGGAAAUGCUAAUUAUGAGAUGAACAAAAAUAAGUAUGGAUGAAGUGAAGGAUGAACUGUGAUAUAAUGAGAGACCUGCAACUAUUGAACAAUAAAGUGGAAUUUAAAUGUGAUUAAGUUGAAUACCCAGAGUGACAGUUAAGUGACAGGGUUAGCACAAUAAGGGUAGUUGACUUUCCACAAACAUGUAUUUUUUUGAUUGUAGAUUGAGUAAAUUGAAACCUUUUUAUUGUACAUUUGGUCAUGAAAAGUUUCCUUGAGAAUUUCAUGGAAAUCCCUUAAGAGGUCCAGCAAACAAUGUAUCAGAAAUGCACUGUAACAUUCAAAGGUUUCAGUAACUAGUGUGUUCACAUAUAUGCCAUCAGACAGCUGCAACUGGUAGCAGUCUAACACAAAAAAGUCGUAAAAGGCUUGCCUUCACUUUGUCACAGUAGUUUAUCAAUUCCUAACGUGAACAGGGAAACAACACGUUUUACACUGGUUUAAAAGCAUUAUAGUAGCGUUGCAAAGAGUUCAGUUGUUAAUGACAAUGUUCAACUCUUUACACUGAUAAAUGUCAUCCUGUUGUCCUAUAAUUUACAAGGUGCUUUUGUUUGUUUUUUGUUUUUUUGUACCUCAGUGGUGCUUACAUAGGUUUAAAUGUACAGUUUCUUAAUAACUGUGUACAGUAUAUGAAAGCAGCACCUCAGACGACUGAGACCCUGCUGUUGGCUUUAACCUGGAGGGGAUUCAGUUUGCAAACCUUGCUGUGCUCUUUGUUCACAUUGACUUAACAAGCUUGGCCUUGGUUCUGCUUUGCUCUGUGUUGGACCUGGAGAACCAUGGGCACAGUGUUUUGAGCCCUAGCUCCCUCAUUUUGAAAUUGAAUAAAAUAAAAUGCAUAUAUGAAUACA